AUGAAGAUCACAAAUUUUAAUAAAGGAGUUUACUUAAGGAUAAUAGUCCUGAUCAAUUCCAACUCCGCAUGCUGAUGUAUCACCAUUGAAUUGCUUAAUAGCAGGCUGAACCCAUCCACCAAACGGGGUGAAAUCUCCAAAGCUUGGAUAAUCAUCAUAGUGUGCGUACCAAAGUGGGUAUUGAGAGACACCAGUCCAUCCUAA